UAGCCCUGACACGAAUAUAUACUCCCAGACACAGGAGCGACAGGAACGAAAUAUACUCUUUGACAGAGCACCACAGGUUAUGGGAUAGGCAAUUUGAGUGGUCUGUGGAUGGCGCAUAGAGUAUUUUAUGUUAUGGGGAUGGUGCCAAUUCUGGAAAUAAUGUUAUUUCUACCGUGAUAGGGCCCUUUUUCAUAAAUAGAAGGACAUAUUUUCCAGAAAAUUCUGUUGGAAACAAUUAUUUGUUUCGUGUCUUAGGUGGGGGAAAAGUGUUAGAAAUGGACGCAAUAAAUGUAAUAGCAGAUAGUGUUUUUACAGAUGCGCAGCAAGGAAGAAAUUGGUAAGGUUGAUGCUGAAGUGAAGAAGAAGUUGGGAAAAGAAUAUGUUGUGAAGAUUCCAGAAGUACGAAAUCCAAGAAUUAGAAUUAAAGAUGUAGAGGAAGUGAUUAGUGACGAGGAAAUUGUAAAAUAUUUGAAGUAUCAGAAUCCAGAAAAUAUCAAAGAAGAUGCAAAGGAAGUCCGUGAACCAAGCAGAAGAGGGAGGAGGAAGAAGGCUAUGUCCUUGUUGAGAGACCAGUCCUUGAAGAGAGAAAUGAAGGAAAAAGAUGAAGAGGAGUUGGCACCUCCAGCCACUGUGUGUGCGAAUUCCAAGGAGCUCGGGAAUGAAGAGUUUAUGGAGGAAUACGAGUCACAGGAGGAUUCUAACCAAAGCUCCUUUAAAAGAGAGGAGGAAGAAGACUACGAGGAGCUGGAGCCAUCAGCUGCAAUGUUUCUUGAACCCAAAGUGAUAUUGAAAGAAGAGAUUUCAGGAAAAUAUGAGGACCCUUUGGCAAUGUGCAGGGAAGAGAUUUCCAUUGGUACCGAGAGGUUCCCAGGUGCAGAACGCGCCGGAGGUCCCGGCCCUUCCAGCAAGACGCAGGCGGCACCACCGCGGAGCGUCGCUCGCACGGGAGGAAGCCGGCACGAUUGCGCGCUCUGCGAGAAAAGCUUCGUUUGCAAAGCUUACUUACUGAAGCACAUGCGCACCCACACCGGUGAAAGACCGUUCGACUGUCCGGUCUGCCGAAAGCGUUUCGUAACCAGGGAUGCUGUGAAAAUACACAUGCGCAUCCACACGGGAGAAAGACCCUUUGAGUGUGCCAUCUGUCUGAUGAGUUUCUCGUUGAAACAGACUCUCAACAAGCACAUGCGAACCCACACGGGUGAAAAACCGUUUAAAUGUUCUACCUGCCAGAAGGGUUUCUCGGAAAGAGGAAGUUUAAUCAGGCAUUUGCGAACUCGUGGAAGGGAUAGCCCUUUUGAAUUAUCGGUCUGCCAGAGGAGUUUCUCUGAAAGGGAAAAUUUAAUUACUGAAAGUAGUGAAAGAUAACUGGAAUGGUUCGCGUCUCGGAAGUUAGUUUUUGCAACAUGUUAACCACAUGCGAAUCCACACAGAUGGUUUGCAUGAUUCGCUUGCCACAAUUUUUUUUUUCAAAGGGACGUUUAGCUAGGCACUUGCGUACUCAUUACGCAAAAAUAAUCCUCGAAUGUUGUCUGACAUUUCGCAAACGACUCAUUUAAUUAAUGACAUGCGGAUCUACACACAAUUCCAUAUGAAUGCGAUCUAGGUCUUAUUAAGAUUUUGUUAAAUUGGGUGCGUGAAGGACCAUUCCGGACAAUGGCAUUUGAAUACUCUCUCCACGGGAUUUCUUUAAAAGAGUGUUAUUUAAGCACUUGAAGAUUCGUGCAUUGAACGUAUUAAAUAACUCUUCCGUGUGGGAGAUGAAUUUUGGAAUGUGGACAUCCGUUAUUAGGCCACUUGCAAGUGCACUUAGGGAAAGCUAUCUCGAAGAGCCCAUCUACCAGAUAAGCCAAGGUGAAAAAAUAGCUUGAAAAGUGCCAAACAGAAAACUCACUGAGGUUAAGAUAGAAUUUAUAAAAACAAAAAUGGACGUUUUGAGAGAAACGGAUGCUCCAUUGGCGUGAAUGUAACGUUCCGGCAGCUCCCUACAUCCUGCAUUUGGCGAGCAGUGAACAGCCGCUCAAGAAAUCUCGAGUGGUGAAUACGGGUUGUUUGCUACUUGCCGAGCACUAAUCACGCGAUACUCGCUCUAAACUGUUGGCAACGCUAGAUUCGCAAUAUGGCGGCUUGAACUUUUGCUGGCAGAAUAGCCAACUUAAGAGAGUGAUCCCGAUGAACUCUCUUGCCAUAUUUUGUUCGUUGUCACCUACUAGCGCGGUUGAGAAUAUUAUAUUUUCGUGAAAAUUGGACAAGGUAUGAAUGUCAACUCGGUGAACAAUUCUAUUGAAGAAGAGAGUUAUUGACGUGUGUGAAUGUGAAAUGAUGUUGAGUGUUAUGGUCAAAUGAAAAAUGCAACCUUAAAAAUUAUCUGUGGUCAGACUUGUGUCUGACCACGGUGCU